ACUCGUAUGCGUUUGUCUAUCCAGAAGGAUACGCGGCCUGGAAAUGGCUUCCCUUCAGCUCUCUCUUCCUUCAACGUACCGUUUCAGACACAGACCGGUUCGUUGUGCUGACGAGCGCCAAACCCUCUUUAACCUUGAAUGACUUGCUGAGUUUGGGUCAGCAUCGAGUGUGGAAAAGGAUGGCAGUCUCAUGGAGUGGAGCCAAAAUGGGAGACCAAGUGUUGGAUUUGUGUUGUGGAAGUGGGGAUUUAUCGUUUCUAUUGUCCGAGAAAGUGGGAUCUAAUGGCAAGGUGACCGGUCUUGAUUUUUCACAGGAGCAGUUGUCAGUUGCUUCACUUAGGCAAAACAUGUCUCUGAAGACCUGCUACAAGAAUAUCGAUUGGGUUGAAGGCGAUGCCCUUGAUUUGCCAUUUCCAGAUGGCUAUUUUGAUGCUAUUACAAUGGGUUAUGGGCUACGAAAUGUGGUAGAUAAGUACAGAGCCAUGCAGGAGAUGUUUAGGGUCCUAAAACCAGGUUCAAGGGUAUCCGUCCUUGAUUUCAAUAAAAGCACUCAACCAUUUACGGCAUCAAUUCAGGAAUGGAUGAUUGACAAUGUUGUAGUCCCAGUGGCAACUAGUUAUGGGCUUGCAAAGGAGUAUGAAUAUUUGAAAAGCUCAAUUAGGGAAUUUUUAACAGGGAAGGAGCUGGAGAAGGUUGCUUUACAAGUAGGAUUCUCAAGUGCCAGACAUUAUGAGAUUAGUGGAGGCAUCAUGGGCAACCUAGUAGCCAAACGUUAGAUGCAUGGAUGGUAUUCGUCCGGGUAGAGUCGAUUACUUUACAAGAAAGAACUCAUUGUGUAUGAAUGUCAGUACUCAAGUUGUAGGCUCAAAAAAUCUAAAGUUUUCAUAUUUCUGUGUUUUCUUGUAUUGCUGAACUGGAAUGUCAGUAGAACACAGCUUAUGAAAUAAUAGCAGCCUAAAUUUAUUUUUU